UAUUGCUUAUCCCUCCUGGGAAACUGUUCGGGAGGAUAGGGUUGGGAACUACGUUGGAGAAAUCUUAACCCUCUAUCCUUUUCCCCUCACUUCCCCCAGCCCGACCUGUCCCGUUUAGCUGGCUCAGCUUGGAUAGUGACUCCAACUUGCCUUGGGGGAUGGGAAGAAUUGGGGGAAGGGAAGUUUGGAACCCAAGACUUUGCUCCCAAGCCACCUUCCCAAGCCUUGGCAGGGAGGUCAGCGCCCUCGAAACCUCAGUCCGGCCACGGAAUAAAUAAAUGAUGUCUCUUAAAAAAAAAUAGAGAGAGCAUCCCUCCCAGCGGCCCUCCAGAGCAGCCACCUCGGCGGGGCGGGGACGAAGGAGGAAUGGGGCGGGGGGCGCCGGCUAGCUGCGCAGCCCCAAGUCCCACCUUAAGAGGCGGUGCCUGGCGCUGGGGAGUGUCAGGAAGAGGAAGAGGCUAGGGAGCCGAGCGGGAGGCUGAGUGAACGAGCGAGCGAGAAGCGAGCUAGCCAGUGGCCGUGCCGGAGCGGCCAGUCCAACGGCGCGCCAGAGAGAGCAGCUCCGCGCCGCGCCGCGCAAGCAGCCGCCCGCGCAGCCAUAGCCGGCCCCCCCAGUCCCCCAGCCCUGCCAGCAGCCCCGCUCGGCGAGGCGCGGCCAGACCUCCGGCCACAAUGGCCACCGACGAGCUGGCCACCAAGCUGAACCGGCGGCUGCAGAUCGAGGACGGCGGCGAGGGCUCCGAUCACGAGCAGGGGCAGGAGCAGCGGCCGCAGUCCGGGCUCAAUGGGGCCGCGGCCGGAGCAGGGCCCGGGGCAGCGGACGAGUCCGGGGAUCCGCUGGCCAGCGCCGACUGCGAGCUCAGCGCCAAGCUGCAGCGGCGCGCGGACCUCAAUUUGGGGAUCGGCGAGCCUGUGUCCCCCAGCCGGAGGGUCUUCAACCCCUACACCGAGUUCAAGGAGUUCUCCAGGAAGCAGAUCAAGGACAUGGAGAAGAUGUUUAAGCAAGCCUGUAUUAAGUGUCCCGGUCAGAUGGGAUGUUGUAGUAGGGACAGUGAUAACCUGGAGCACAUCCACAGAAAGGGAGCAGGAAGGUAUGACGCUGGUCGAGACGGCUUCAUUGACCUGAUGGAGCUGAAGCUCAUGAUGGAGAAGCUCGAAGCUCCUCAGACACAUCUGGGUCUGAAAAACAUGAUCAAAGAAGUAGAUGAGGAUCUUGACAACAAGCUGAGCUUCCGGGAGUUCCUCCUGAUUUUCCGGAAGUCGGCAGCAGGGGAGCUGCAGGAGGACAGCGGCCUUCACGUUCUCGCCCAGCGCUCCGAAAUCGAUGUCUCGACGGAAGGCGUUAAAGGAGCCAAGAACUUUUUCGAGGCCAAAGUCCAAGCGAUCAACGUCUCCAGCAAGUUCGAGGAAGAGAUUAAAGCUGAGCAGGAGGAACGCAAACGACAGGCCGAGGAGCAGAAACAAAGAAAAGCCGCCUUCAAGGAGCUCCAGUCAGCCUUCAAGCAGUGAGCAGGGAGCAGGGCGGGGCCCGGCCACCCCCUCCUGGCCCCUGCCCCAUGGCCCCUGCCCCUGCCCCAUGGAGGCUCCAAGGAAAGGCCGAGUAGCUCAUGGUUGAACGGACCAAUUCUUAAGAGCUGUUGCCUGUGAAUGAUGAGCCCAUCUGGGCCUUAACCCAGCCUCCCAGUUCCUGCCUGUUUGCUCUUCCCAUGCUCCCCUAACAAUAUGGCCAUCACCACCGGCUUCCUCUGGCACCUCUGCCCGCUCCAGGAAACCCCUUUCAGAUAUAAUCCUGUAUCUAGGCCCUUAGGACUCCCAGUGCACAGGCUUCUCUACCGAGUAUAAGAACAUGCUCUUUUAGAGCAGUUGCAGGCACAGACCCCCUCCCCUUUCUCUCUGUUCUCCCACCCCCUUCCUUCCUUCUCCUUUGCCCUCAUCUUCACUCCUCCGCCAAUCCCUGCCAGCUCUGCCAGCCCCACAGGAACCUUCAGGGCUCAAAACAGGUCAUCAGCUCCGUGCUCUAGAGCCAGUUACCAUCUCUUAUCAUGUAAGAAAGGGGAAAAGACUUAGCAAUCCUUCACCACAAGUCAGAGAGCAGAGAGGGGCAGCCUAGACAGAUGAAACAUAAGAUCAGCGCGCUAGAGCUGAAAGGGAUUUCAAAGGGCAUCUAGUCAAAUCCCUCCAAUCCCAUUUUGCAGAUGGGAAAACUGAGGCCUAAGGAAAGCUGUCACUUUCACAAGGGGCAGCCUAGAUAGAUAAAACAUAAGCCCUAGAGCUGAAAAAGGGACUUCAAAAGGCAUCUAGUCAGAUCUCUCCAACCCCAUUUUGCAGAUGGGAAAACUGAGGCCCAAGGAAAGCUAUUACUUUCCCAAAGUCUCCCCAACAUUCCUUACCCCCAGAUCUGGCAAGAAAGCCUGUGGAAGUCCCAUGAUAACAGUUCAGUAGUUCAAAGACAUCCCACCAAGUAUCUUAAGCUCUAACACCUCAUGUUCAGACUGGGUUGAAGUAGGUAGAGGAGCAGUUGUACCCCUCUUACCUCAUUGGGCCCACUGUCUGCCAGGAAGCCAUCUUAUGGGAUGUCUAAGGCACAAGUGGGCACAGUGGGGCAAAAACACCCAGCUCCAAGGCCUCAGUGGGGCUGGAGGGUUUAAUAAACAAGACUGGGGAAAUUGUGGGCUAGGGUGAAGGAAAUCAGGAAGGGGAUGCAGAAGGAAGGGACCAGUCCCCAAAGAAGGGAGAGAAAAAAAUACAACUAUCGGACUUCUCCAGGCAGCAUCCAAAAAGUGCUUUUAGGUGUAUUUGCAUGCACUGUGACAUUGAAGAGCCAAAGGGUCUGUUUUAGCCCCUGGGUUCUGCCCUUUCUCCUUUCACAGUUCAGACCCAUUCAUUCGUCAGUCUCUCCAUUCACACAAAUGUGUGGUGCGGUGUCCAAUUGGACAUUAUUCACCGUCUUCCAGGUUGAUUUUGGUGAUCAAGACAAGUCUUAUUGUGUGCACCAGGCUAGGGAAGCAUGAGAGCCCCUGGCCUGGCUCCUCUGUGAUUCCCCCCCCAACCUCACGGCCUGAGCGACAGCCAGUGGUGGCCUUGCUUCCCGAGAUGUUGUGUUUUCUGUCAAUGUGAUUUCUUAAUGCUGUGAUCGGUCGUCAGUCGCCCAGCCAAAACACAAACCAACCCGCUCUGCCACUGAAGUUAUGCAACCUCUCUGUCUCUCGUGACAAUGUCACUGCUUUCUAGACUCAAUACCCUUUAUUUUAGUAACUCAGAAGAUCAUACUAAGCUCACUGUUGAACUUUCAGAGGUUUUAUUUUGGUAUAAAUAAUCUGCAGAAAUCAGAGAUACUAAUGAAGCAGCAAUGGGAAUCCCCGGUGGUGUUUCCUUAGGAAAUGUCUUUGUACAGAUGACUAUAAAAUAAUUUUUUUUUUUUUUUGCUUUUGGGUUUUCCCCCCCUUUAAAAAAAAAAAACUUCAUUCAGUGGAACAGUUAUUUUUUUUAACUAAAAUACAAUAAAAACCAUUCUAUAUUUUUA